GAUUUAAAAUUCUUUGAUGAUGAAAGAUUGGACAUGAUUAUUGUCGGAACAGACGAAAAAGGUGAGGAGAUAUGUCACUUAACGGAAUUAAACUAUACGAACUUAAAUUUUCUGCCGAUUCCCGGACCACAAAGCGUAGAAAGUAUGGGCAUAUCUGAAUGUUUAAGCGCCGUCGAUCAGGUGCUUGAUAAAAUGAAAAAUGAUAAUUUCACGCCAUUUUUUGUUCUGCGAUCGCAACAUUUAAGAAUAAUACCAUCCCAAUUAACUGUAAAUGGCGCACGGGAUUUGAAUAGCAGUACGAGGGAUGAAAUGUCAGUUCAUGACAAUCAAAAUCUGUUUCAUGCUAUGGUGCGAUAA